AUGCUCAUUUCGUGAUUCGCGAGACUACGACGAAAUGUCACUGAAGGGAGAGACGAAACCAGGAACAGGAGCCGUUAAAGUGACGGCUAAAAAACACAGAUGGUAUCUUGGAGGUAUUGCCUCGGCCAUGGCCGCCUCUUGCACCCAUCCGUUGGAUCUUCUAAAGGUUCAUCUUCAGACACAGCAGAAGGUUGAACAGAGAUUGGUAUCCAUGGCAGUUCAUGUUGUACGUACUCAAGGAGUAUUGGCACUUUACAAUGGACUAUCAGCUUCUCUUACACGACAGCUGACAUACUCCACAACACGCUAUGGGUUAUAUGAGGUAGGCUCAGCAAGACUUAGAAAAGGAGAUGCUCCUCUACCAUUUUACCAAAAAAUUGCAGUUGGAGCAUUGUCAGGUUUUAUUGGAGGAAUUAUUGGAAAUCCUGCAGAUAUGGUCAAUGUGAGAAUGCAAAAUGAUGUUAAGAUAAUAGAUGUUGCAAAGAGGAGAAAUUACAAGAAUGUAUUUGAUGGUCUUUACAGAACAGCAUCAGAAGAGGGUAUUUCUACCUGGAUGAAGGGUGUGCAAAUGACCUCAUCUAGGGCUGUGUUGAUAACAGUGGCCCAGGUAGCUUGUUAUGACCAAGUUAAACAGCUAUUACUUGGAUCUGGAUACUUCAGUGACAAUAUCAUAACGCACUUCACUGGCAGUUUUAUAGCGGGGACAAUUGCAACAGGCAUUACGCAACCAGUUGAUGUCAUGAAGACAAGACUGAUGGAAGCUAAACCAGGACAGUACAAGAGUGUUCUGGACUGCAUUCUCUACACCGCGCGGCUCGGACCUAUGGGGUUCUACAAGGGCUUUAUUCCAGCUUGGAUCCGUUUGGAACCCUACACAAUUUUAACGUGGAUCUUUCUUGAACAACUUCGAGUGUUGUUUCCUCUAAAGGAGUCGUAGACUGUUUGUCUGUGUAGUUACAAUACUAAAUACUACGCCGCGAUAAUCUUUUAUUAAAGGGGGUAAGUUUCUGAAGAAACUGUGGUGCUACAUCGAUCUGGGGUAUUACAAAAUAAUUUGAUUUCAUCAAGUGAGUUGAUAAUGUAAACUGGUCUCUGUAAACAGUUUAUAGCUUUAGAAACUCUUUACGGUGGCCAAUUUUCAUUCUCAACUCGGACGAUAAACUGAAAUUAUCUUGUAAUUUUUUGUUAAUAUAGUUAAUAAGACGAUUUCAAGUGCAAUUUGGUGUUAAUAAGUACGAGUAAAUUUUUCAAAGACAAUAAAAAGUGCGCAAGCUCGUAUGGCCAGUUCAAUUUGUAAACUUUGAAAAUUUUACAAGGGCUUACUUGCACCAAAUUGUACUUUAAAUCAAAUUAUUACUUAUUUUAAAAUAAUUUAAAUGAAAUAAGCGUCGCAGAAAGUCAAGGCAGACAAAAUUAUUGCAGCUCGCGCGCCAUUUGUAAAUUCCAUUCGUCUUACAACUUUGACUCGUGUUACAUGAAUAAUGAACUCGUUUUCAGCCAAUCAGAUGCGCAUGAUUUUUUCAGCUAUAUUGUUAGACUGAUGUAAUGCGGAAGGUUACGAUGAAAUUAUAGGAUAAACAAAUUUUGAAAAUGAACCAUAAAACAAUGUGACAAGUAAUAUAGAUAAUGGUUUCAAAAAAUUUUGGCUUCUAUUAGAGAAAAGAAAUCACAGACUGAUUUUUUCUCUUUUUAGAGAUGAAAAUGUGUAUAUUUUUAACGCUUUAUUUGAUUAUGCGCAAUUUCAAAGUGUGAAUGUUAAUAUCCUUAAGAAAUCUUAUAUUUACACUUUUAAUACAAUUUAGCCUUGCGUACGGUGUCCUUCUGGCUGUUUUUUUCUUUUUGAGCGGCUAGGAUGCAUUGUAUAACCAGCUGGGGAAAGCUGACGAAGCUCACUGAUCUUUAUCUAUUAAAUUAGUAUCUCAUAGGUUUAGAAUCUAAGGCGUUUAAUUUAUGAUUCAGAAAUAAAGUCAUUUUACGAAGCAUAGGGCCUAUCCUGCUUUUGAGUCAUCUGAUAGAACUGAG